AUGGCGGAUAGAGCAGAGCUGGAGCAAGCUGUAGUGCAGCAAGGAGAGAAAGUCAAGAAGCUGAAACAGGAGAAAGCCAGCUCGGAGGAGAUAGCAGAAGAAGUGGCCAAAUUGCUUGAACUCAAGGCAAAGUUGGGAACAGAUGAUGGCAAACAUAAGUUUGUUCUCAAGACUCCUAAGGGAACAAGAGAUUAUAAUCCCAAACAGAUGGCCAUCCGAGAGAGGGUUUUUAACACCAUUAUUAAUUGUUUCAAACGCCAUGGUGCUGAGACUAUUGACACUCCUGUGUUUGAGUUGAAGGAAACUCUAACUGGAAAAUAUGGAGAAGAUUCCAAACUUAUUUAUGACCUGAAGGAUCAGGGUGGUGAAUUGCUCUCCCUUCGUUAUGAUCUCACCGUUCCGUUUGCCCGUUACUUGGCAAUGAAUAAGAUCACAAAUAUUAAGCGUUAUCAUAUAGCCAAAGUGUACAGAAGGGACAACCCAGCUAUGACAAAAGGUCGCUACCGUGAGUUCUAUCAGUGUGAUUUUGACAUUGCAGGACAGUAUGACCCCAUGAUUCCCGAUGCUGAAUGUCUGAAGAUUGUUCAUGAAAUUCUCAGUGAACUGGAAUUGGGAGACUUCAGUAUCAAGGUGAAUGACAGGAGGAUUUUGGAUGGGAUGUUUGCAGUUUGUGGCGUACCAGACAGUAAGUUCCGUACAAUCUGCUCCUCGGUGGACAAACUGGAUAAGACUCCCUGGGAAGAAGUGAAGAAUGAAAUGGUGGGGGAGAAGGGCCUUGCUCCAGAAGCUGCUGACUUGAUUGGCGAAUACGUCCAAAAUAAUGGUGGGUUGGAUCUGAUUGAGAGACUACUAAAGGAUCCUAAACUCUCUCAGAGCAAGCAGGCUUUAGAAGGAUUAAAUGAUAUGAAGAUCAUGUUUGAGUACCUGCAGCUAUUUGGUGUGACAGAUAAGAUUUCAUUUGAUCUGAGUUUGGCUCGUGGCUUAGAUUAUUACACAGGAGUUAUCUAUGAAGCAGUGCUGAUCCAGAACCAAGCAGAAUCUCAGCAGCAGAACAACCACACAGAAGAGUCAGUCAGUGUUGGCAGUGUAGCUGGAGGAGGACGUUACGAUGGCCUAGUAGGAAUGUUUGAUCCCAAGGGAAGGAAGGUUCCAUGUGUGGGAGUGAGCAUUGGAAUUGAGAGAAUAUUCUCAAUCAUGGAGCAAAAAGCUGAGGCUUCAGAGGCAAAGAUUCGAACCACAGAGACACAGGUACUAGUAGCAGCUGCUCAGAAGAAACUUCUGGAAGAAAGGAUGAAACUUAUUGCUGAACUCUGGAAUGCUGGGAUCAAGGCAGAAAUGUUGUACAAGAAGAAUCCAAAGUUACUAAAUCAGCUGCAGUAUUGUGAAGAGGCAGGCAUUCCACUGGUGGCCAUUAUAGGAGAACAGGAGCUAAAAGAUGGAGUGGUAAAGCUGAGAGUGGUCUCUACAAGGGAAGAGGUGAAUGUUGCCAGGCCAAAUUUGGUGGAGGAGAUUCAAAAGAGGACUAGCCAGUUUUAA